UGUCAGCCAGUUGAACUCUCACCAAAACAAACACAGAGGGAUAAAUAUUUGGCUUUGACGUCUGACUUUCAAACAGAUAUUUUCCAAAUGUUGAGGCGAUUAAACAAGAGGUGUGGAAAUAAAUAAUUUAAAUAAGGUGGCUGCUUGGAGAAGUAGAAGUGAUUGUAGCUAGUAGUAGCGUAAGUUAGCUGUUAACUAGAAUGCUAUCGUUACCGUAAGCUAACUGAAGCCGUUAGCUAACGGUAACGUUAUGCCAGAAGACUCAACAGCAGCCGCUGGGAGUAGAAGUUGCUGCCCCUGUUGCCUUAACUAUCAGCCCAGCAUUUUGAAACUGGCUGACCAGCUAGUUAAUUAGCUAGUUAGGCUGAACCGAGACACCGAUAACUCAUUUUCUACGUUGCCUUUUACUGCCUGGAAUAACUACUCCAGUAUGGGGAUGUGCUUACCGUGCCUUGGUGGAGCAGCGGACGACGUUGUUGUCACACCAGAUCCGGACUCAAGGAGACGACAAUUAGCUGAGGCCGCUGAGAAGAGACAAAAAGAGACAACAUACAGGGGUGUUAAAAAUCCAGAAGCAGUCGAGAGAAAAAAGAAAAAACAGGAAGAGAUUGAAAAACAGGAGAUGACCAGCUCUGUGUCUGGAGGUGGCGGCGGGUUGAAGUGGCAGGUGGGCUGAACAUCACGAUGAAGUCUAAAACAACAUGAAGUAUUGAGGCAAGAUGACUUGAAAGAUGUUUGAACUGCUGUCCAGAUUUUGAGAAAAUUAUUUUUUUGCCGAUUUUAUGAUGUUAUGAGACAAACAGGUUUCAUGCCUUAUGCAAAACAAUUUGAAGUGAUUACAGACAGAACAGCACGCCUUGCCUCCUUGUUGCAAAGUUAUACAAGCCAGUUUGUACCUUUUUGGACAAGUCAGGGAUGACACAGAAAUGUGCAAGCAAAUACAGCUCCUACUGUAUUCGCUUUAUUUAAAAUGAUUAGACAGUCUUACAGUGACCACCAUUACAUAACACUAAAGAAUAUGAUUAUAAAGUCCAGCAGUAUCUCUGGUGACUGUUGUCAUAUUAAGACAAAGUUGUCCUCCAACACUUUUCAGCUUUUUCAACACACUGCUUUUGGUUUUAAUUGUCGAUGAUCUGUAUAUCCCCAUUCACCAGAUUGCUUUUUGUACGACUUCUCCAAAAAUCUGUUAUGCAAAUGACACAUUUCACAAGUAAAUCACAGUUUAUGUUUACAAAGAUUUAAGUGUGCUUAUUGUAGGAUUAUUAGACAGUAAAAAAAGGACAUAGUUAAUGCGAAUUUUACCUUAUUUAGGGCUCUAUUUGUUGGCAACACAAAGACUUGUGCAAACAGUGCUAUAACUUGUUGGUAUUUACUGAACUUUGAAUGCACUUUGCCUGUUCCUAGUGUGUUUUUGUGAUCAGUGCAGUGCAAAUGUUGCACGGGAGGCACUUGUUGAUGAGGAAGGCAACGUGAGGGGUUGUAUCUUUGACAUUGUGCUGAGAAUAUGUUUGAUAACCAGGUCUGAAUUUGGUGAUUCAGUCAGGAAGUACAAACUACAUACUUGACCAAAUAUAAAACAGCCACUAAAACAUUCUCCAACCAGUAAAAAUGAAAAGGAGGUGCAGUAGGUUAUGCCGUUAAUGA